GCUUUCUCUAUACUGUUCGAAACCAAACGAGGUCUUCAGCCCUUUGGCUUGAAAUCAGGAAGUGUUUAUAUUAUUUUUCGAUAUAUUAACGUUUUUAUAUUCAAUCUGAAGAUUUGUAGGAUUUCAGCCAUAUAGUUCUUUGCAAUUUAUUCACAUGACAAGCAUUUUGAACAGGUAAUAUCAGAGCGAGAUAAUUUCGGAAUAAGAAGUCCACAAGCCUUUGUACAAACAAGCAGUCUGCUUAUUGCUGAUCGUCUGUACUUUCCCUGUUUGCGGUGCAGGAGAAAUUGUCACCGGAAAAACUGGCACAAGAACAGCUCUGAAUCUCCCCGGUGCUUUAUACGCAACUGUUGUAGAACCACCAUGGAUAAUUCCACUACGAUAGUGUUUGUUCUACAAAGACUGAAUGAGACGAUGUCUAGCAAACACACGUAUUUUGCUUUCACUCUUCUCGUUUACCUUUUUACAGUUUUAGCGAACCUGACUUUGAUUGUGACAAUUAUUUUGGAAAGAGCGCUUCAUGAGCCCAUGUUUAUAUUUCUGUGUAGCUUGUGUGUAAAUGGGAUAUUAGGUGCCUGUACAUUUUAUCCUAAAAUACUUGUGGACCUUUCAUCUGAUUUGAGUGUUACUUCGUAUAAAGCUUGUCUGAGUCAAAUUUUUGUAUUAUACAGCUAUACCUGCUGCGAAUUUACGACGUUGGCAAUGAUGGCUUAUGACAGGUAUAUCGCGAUAUGCAAGCCGCUCAGUUACCACUCCAUCAUCACACCUCGGAAGGUUAUGAAAUUGCUGAUUUUUACUUGGCUUUUGUCCAUCUGUGAAUCAGUUGUUGUGGCGGGUUUGGUGGCCAGACUGCCCCUCUGUGGAUUCAACGUCGACAAGAUUUAUUGCACAGCCUGGGCCGUGGUAAAGCUGUCAUGCGUGGACGCCACUAUCAACAACGUAUACGGGACAAUUCUCUCGGUUUUUCACGUUUCACAGGUAGUGCUGAUCUUGAUUUCUUAUAUUAAUAUUGUCAAAGCCGCUGUGCGAUCGCAGGAAGAACGGAAUAAGUUCAUGCAGACCUGUUUGCCCCAUUUAGUCGCAUUGAUCAACUUCACAGUUUCAGUCAUAUUUGACAUCAUGUACGCUCGCUAUGGUCCCACCAGCCGUCUGCACGCUCUCCGCAAUUUCAUGUCCGUGGAGUACCUCGUUGUUCCACCGAUACUGAAUCCCCUCAUCUAUGGUCUGAAACUGAACCAGAUCCGCCAGAGAAUCUUCAGGAUUUGCAGCCGAAAAAGACAUUCUUUAAAGUGAAUGUUUGUUCUUUGAAAAGCAAUAUCCCACCUACAUAUGUUUUCAUAAAAGUGACAACAGCACUAAAAUUAUUUCUGAACAGCAGAACAAUAGGAUUGUUAGACGCAGCACAGAUGUAGAUAUUCUUCUAUAUACUUCUAUAGGUGUAUAGAAGUAAUUUAAGCCUAUCUCGGUCUAGUGGCCUUGUUUGGUGUACAUUAUUCUUUACCUUUACGCAAAACUUUGCGGGCCAUGGGUUGUGUUGGCCUUAUGUAUGAAAACGUCCUUACGGUGCAUUUGGAGUUGGGAAAACCCAGACAGAUGCAAACCGGAAUGGGUCUCUUUUUCCCCUGUGUUGAGGCUGCUGUUCAUAUCCACGCAAAAGAGGAAAAUAUUUAGAUUGCAUUGUCAGUUGCAGUGAUCUUUAUUGUCUUUAUUAUUUUAGUUUGUUGUUUAAUUGAUUGUGUUUGUCUGGACCCCGUGAGGGGGGAGGGUGAAGGUGUCAUUUAUUUAAUUUCGUGUUUGUGUGUGUGCGCUCGCUCUCUCUCCAUGCGGCAACCAACAGUGUUUAUAAUACACUGUAGCAUACAAAGGAUGAAAAAACCCUGAGAACUGUAUACAUACUGUGCCUUGAAUAAAAAAUU